AUGGCGACACAAUCGCACACACCUCGAAAGGGCAAGCGGCGUUCGCACCAGAACCACCAUGGCAACAACCACCACAAUGUCCAUAACACGGCCCCUGUUCAGCAGCAGGCCCAAAUCACGGAUUACGAGACCGAUUAUCCAGACAUCCAACCGCCGCCCAUGACUCGUACAAACGAGGAGCUCAAUCAUGCUGUACUGCGCCGUUACUAUCCUCAAAUCGUUCGCAUCCGGAGCAUAGCGCCAUAUGCCGUCCUAUAUCAGUUCUCGCCUGAGUCGUCCUCGUGGGUGAAGCUAGAGAUUGAGGGCACGUUGUUUAUAAAUGAACUGGUGCCAAAUGAGAUGGGCGCGAAACGUUUCAACGUCGUCAUCCUGAACAGGCGCGGCUUCGAAAAUUAUGAGCAAGAGCUUAGGAGUAGCGACGAUGUAGAGCUUACUAGCGAAUACGUAAUUCUGAAAGGGCAAUCACGGGACGGAGAGGAUGUGGUGUAUGGACUGUGGAUCUUUGCUGAGCCAGGUGCAAGCACAGCAGGGGCACGUGAGGAAAAUGCGCAGGAGAUCUCGAGGUGUGCCGUCGAGGCUGAAGAAAGCCGUAGACUGGCCAUGGAGAGACUGGCAGAAACGCAGCUCUCUAAAGAGAAUCAGCGUGUCGGAGGUAGCAAUGGGUAUGCCGCUGAGCAAGAAUCAGAGAUGGAGGAAGGCUCGACGAGCAUUCCCAUGGGACGGCAGCUAAGUCUGAGAGAGCUUUUUGGCAAGCAAAGAGAGCAGGAUGCCGGUUUUACGGUACAUCACCAUGAGAGCCCCAAGUUUGCAAACGCGCAGCCGGCUAUUCCAAGUAUCGAACAGAAGGUAAAGGAAUCAUCGCAGGUGAAGGUGCCAACUCCAAUCUUCUUCACCAGUCCAGAUACGGACUUCUUCAGAAGCGGUCCGCGGUUUACACCAAGGCAAAACGAAGCUUCGACGUCAGCGAAAAAGCAAUCACCUGCAUCUUCUGCCGAUGAAAAUCCGCUGCUGACGUUGCUUCGAGGCAAAGGAUGA